CGUGGUUUGGAGAGGGUGGCAGUGGAAGCCGGGUUAUCGCAGUCCGUCCCUCGCUCGCUCGCAGCCUCGUGCCUGGCUGCUCCCCCUCCUCUCUCUCUUGGACUCGGCUUAUGUUCGUCUUUUUUUUUCGAAGUUUCUUUUUGUUUUCAUCCGAAUAGAAAGUAUAAGAAGGCAAAACGAUAAACGUUGUGUCGGCAGAUAUACAUUUUUAUUUAUUUUCUGUUUAUUCGCUUCAUCAAUUGAACAACACGUACGGAUUUUCUAGAGCGACAUAACAUCUCGCCAUGUGGAUGGGGUGUUGCUGGCAGAGUGAUACCGUCGGGCGGGAAAUCGAGAUGACAGAGAGUGGAGAAAACUUUAGUGUGAUAAAUUUUUCAUAGAAUGAAGUCGUCGGAUUCGUGAAAGGCAAAAGUUCUCCUUCCAAUAAGGCAUGAUAAGAAAGUUCCCUGAUCGCCGGUAUGAAUAACAAGGUCAAAGGUGAUAGUCUGCGAGCGGUGACCAGGUGUCCCUCAGUGUUGUUUCUCCUGUUGAGCCUCAGCAUAACGCUGGCGGAUCGUCACGCCGGGAUUUCCCUCUCCAGGAAUGCCUCUUCCCUCAAGGGCAUUCCAGUCAUGCGACACUUACCAGGACCGCAUGACCUUGGAUUACGGCCCGGCCCUGACAUGCGACGCCAAGAUGCGCUGGAAGCGGGUCAGGCACGUGUCCUGGGAGGGCGACAGGCAAGCGCCGGGCCCUCGGCAUCCGGCGAAGGAUCGAGGCUCGCAGGAAUCUCUCCUCCGUCUGAAGCCUUUCCUCACACUUCCUCACAAGGCGAAGGCUCAGGACCGCAGCCGCACUCUGCCCGGGCCAUUUCGGAGGCGGAGGAUUCCCACACUCAAGCGCAGGCUGGAAGUCGGUCUGUCAACAUCCCCAGUCGGAUCGAGGGCUGGCAAGAGGGCAGUAAUCUGCAGCCCAAAGAGCUGUCAACCUCCUCCCGUUCUCCCUCGCCGAACGACGUCGCAAGUUCGUCUGACACGACUGCGACUGAGACAGACAAUGGUGAUAACCCGGAAACACUGAUGGCUGAAUACACUGGCUCAGUCAGACAAACAGGAUACAGAAGGACACCAAUUCACCAAGCGAAUAAUGGAAACAAGAUCACAGAUUACAAAAGAACAGCUUAUCCGAAUGCCUUGGCAGAAGAGAACACCGUAGCAAAUGUCCCCCACCACAGUGCAAAAACCUUCCCUCCAGGCUACAGUGAAUAUCCGAACGAAGAGAACGAAGUGUUUGACGGCCAGCCAGCGAAAGAUUUAAAUGACAUAAUCCGAAAUGUAACGCAACCUCUUUACAGUGGUCGACAAAGUGAUAGAGAAACGGAUUGGCAAACCGAUAGAGAAACUGACACCCAUUCUCAGUUCACCAACAAAGUUCAAACGGUAACUGCAGACAUUUUGGACAUUCAGACAGACGAGAAAGAUAUAACCUACAAUCCAGGAGACAAUAACACUGAUAUCACAUACUCAUACAGUUACUACGAUGAUGACUAUUACUAUACAUACCAGGCCGAUUACUGCAAACCAGUUACGUGUUACCUGAGUCAGGAUAACGUUACCUUAGAACACGAAGAACUCUCAAUUUCUGAAUACAAAAUAGUCUGCAACAGUUCAUUCAGCUUGACCAAUCUUUCGUUCAUUAUGAAGAGAUCUUGUGCAUUUCUCACCACUCAGCUAGUUGUUACACACCAGAUGGAGCUAUGUGUCAUAAUGAAGUAUGACCUUUCCGACUACAGAAACCUGAUUAACCUGUCUAUCACCAACACAGCUCUCAACUACAUCGAGGACAGGAGCUUUGGGAAUCUAGUCAAACUGCAGACACU